GCUAUUCUGUAAUCUUAUUAAACACACAAUAUGAUUGGUAUUGCGCGACCUGCGCUCGACCACGCAGCAAUUGUUGUUGCUGAAAAUGUCGUUUUCCGGCAAAAAAUAUAAACGUACGCGAUGUGAAAACAUAGAAGAGCUAGUGAAGGAAUCUAGUACCAAAGAGAUCAUAACCAUGUUCGAGAAGUACGCACCAACCGUGUGCUUCACCCGGCUGGACGAGCACACGUUCCAGGUGGACCUGCGGAUAGAGGCGCGCCAUCUCUCGCACAGCUUCAAGCUGGGCGAGGAGCAGGAGUGGGAGAGGAGGGACGGCAGCAAGUUACGAAUAACAUACCAACUGGAAGGCGACAACGUGUUACAUCAGAUAAUCAAGCUACCUGACGGCAAGAUGGCUUACUUCAGGCGACUUUUCAUUGAUAGAGAAUGUAUUAUGACUGUAACAUUAGACGACACGCCUCACACCGCAACUAUAUACUACGAGCAAGUUCCGUGAUCUUCUGUGAUAAAAGACUUAUAUUUUGGGAUUUUAACCCGCUUUAAAUUCAAAU